CUCAAAGUUAGCCAUGGAAAUAUUAAAGUUUUUAAUUUUCUUAUUGUGGAUGCGUGAUUCCAGAGCAGGACAGAUACAGUACAGUGCGCAGAAUGAGCAGACAGAAGAUGCCGUAGUGGUGACUUCAUGCGACUUUAACCAAGACAGUGACCCAUUCUGCGAUUUCAUCCAGGAUAACACAGACAACAGUGACUGGACCCGGCACAGUGGUCCAACUCCCACACCUGGCACUGGUCCCAGUGGGGACUACCCUGAUGGAGAGGGAUACUACAUCUAUCACGAGGGUGACAAUGUGUCUAAUAGACAGAAAGCUCGCUUGCUGAGCCCUCCCAUCACCUCAUCAGCCUCUGAGAUCUGUGUUCAGUUCAAAUACUACAUGUAUGGGAUUGACAACGCCAAUAAUUUGACAAUUCUGGCAAAAUUACCCAGUAGUGAGGAAGAGGUGUGGAAGAGGACUGGUAUCCAGAGUCCAACCUGGUUGACUGGCUCUGUUACUGUACCGAAACCGAGCAGCCAGAGCAUUACCAUCGUCUUUGAGGCUCAGAGAGGCUUCUCUUCUUCUUGUGAUUCAGCUUUGGACAACAUCGUCAUCACUGAAGGAGCAUGUCCCUCUUGUAUUUUUGGCUGUGAUUUUGACACUAUCGAUGACCUCUGUGGAUGGACGACUCAAAUUGAGGAUCCCGGUGUAUUUGGCUUCAGUCAGUGGACAGGAGGAACUGAGACUGAAGGCACUGGACCUGAUGAUGACUUUUCAAAACCUGGUUUUGGAUCCUAUCUGUUGUUGGAUUCUUUCGAUGCUAUACCUGGAGUCAGUGCUCAGAUCAUAAGUCCUUUAACAACUCCCUCCUCCUCUGGAUGUCUCGAGCUUACCUUCCACUACUACCUGUAUGGCACUAGUACUACUAUGCAGAUCAGUGUCCACACGAUCACCACAGAUGAAACCCUCGGACCUGCUCUCUUCACUGUAACGGGGAACCAGGGACAAGGCUGGAAGCCGGCAAAUGUCCGCUAUCUGGGAAAUACUGCUAUUAAGUUUGCGAUUGUGGGUACCUAUGGAGAAACACCUGAGACAGAUAUUGCUAUUGAUGCUGUUUGUAUCAUGACCUGCACAGGUCAGCCUGUUACACCCAAACCACCAACUACUACUCCAACUACACCCAAAACAACAACACCCAAACCACCGACUCCUGAACAAACUACACCUAAACCACCGACUCCUGAACAAACUACACCUAAACCACCGACUCCUGAACAAACUACACCUAAACCACCAAACCCCUGUCCUCCUAACGCAGAGUAUAUAGAGUGCGGUCCAGCUUGUAUACCCACCUGUAUGGAACCCUCCACCAAUUGCUCCGGCUCCUGUAUCAGCGCCUGCUUCUGCAAACCAGGCUUUGUUUUUAAGGGACGGCGUUGUGUACCACUGGAGAGUUGUGGCUGUUUAGACGAUGAGAAUAACUAUUAUGAGCCUGGUGAGAUUGUAUUUGGAGACGGCUGCACAAAGCUGUGUCGCUGUGCAGGGAACUACACUUUGGAAUGUGUUGAUAACUCCUGUGACCCCACUGAAGAGUGUCGGGAAGUUAAUGGUGUUGCAGGCUGUUAUCCUAAAGGUACAUCCACGUGCGUUGCAUCUGGCGAUCCACACUACACCAGCUUUGACAAACGCAAAUAUGACUUCAUGGGCAACUGCAGCUAUCUGAUGUCUAGUCCAUGCAAUGACACAACUGUGCCCUACUUUGAGGUCCAUACUGACAAUGAAAACCGGUAUAACAGGCUGACCAUCUCCUAUGUGAAUGCCGUACAUGUAUACGCACAGAUGGUAAAGAUCUCCAUUCUCAAAGGUGGCACUGUGCAGGUUAAUGGGACCAAUGUCAAUCUGCCACUUUCCCCGGCCCCUGGUAUUUCUGUGUUCAAGUCAGGAAAACACUACACUGUCUCCAUGAACUUUGGUGUGACGGUUCGAUAUGAUGGAAACGCCUUCAUGGACAUCAAAGUAAUCGAAGACUAUCAGAACAAGCUUUGUGGCCUGUGUGGCAACUAUGAUGGAGAUACUAAAGAUGACUUCCGCAAACCAGAUGGAAGCUUAGCUGAAAAUGCCAAUGACUUUGGACACAGUUGGAACAUGAAUCCAGAAUGUAAUAAGAAGCCCAACACUACCAUCCCUGGGUGCAAUAAAGAAGAACAGGAACUGUAUGAAAGCUCUGGAUAUUGUGGCAUUCUGCUGGACAAAAAUGGACCUUUUGCUGUGUGCCAUCGCAAAGUCAACCCCAAUAAUUACUUCAGGGACUGUGUCUUUGACUUGUGUGAGCUGGAUGGAGCCAAGCCCAUUUUGUGUGAAGCCAUUGAAGCCUAUGUCAAUGAAUGCCAAGAUCGUGGGGUCAACCUUGGACCAUGGAGGAAUGAAACCUUCUGCCCACUGAACUGCCCCCCAAACAGCCACUACGAACCCUGUGCAGAUCCUUGUCAGGAAACAUGCUUUGGAAAACCCCCCUCCUGCUCUGGUCCCUGCUCUGAGUCCUGGUGUGAUCCCAGCUACGUCCUGAGUGCUGGCAAGUGCGUUAAGGAGAACAUGUGUGGCUGCAACCACACGAACGGCCAGUAUUAUGAGCCCGGAGAGGAGUUUUUUGAGGAAGACUGCAAGCGAAAAUGUUGGUGUGGUGCAGCUGGAAUUACCUGUGAAGCCUCUGAAUGCCCCCCAAUGCAUGAAUGUAAACUUCAGCAUGGAGAGCUGGGCUGCUAUCCUACGAGCUUCCAGGAUUGUGUAGUUUCUGGGGAUCCACACUACAACACCUUUGACAAGAAGUACUACACCUUCAUGGGAACCUGUACUUACACACUGGCCAGAACCUGUAGGAACAGCACAGGCCCUUGGUUCUCUGUGGAGGCAAAGAAUGAAGAGAGAGGAGUUGCAGGAGUGUCAUACCUGAGGAAGCUAUAUGUGACAGUGGAUGGAAUUACUGUGACCCUGAUGAAGACAAGUACGACACUGGUGAACGGAGUACGGGUGGCUCUGCCCCACUCCCCCUCUCCUCUCAUGUCUAUUAGUCUUGCUGGUCAGUUCAUCACGCUUCAAACAUCCUUUGGCCUGAGGGUGCGUUGGGAUGGAAACCAUUAUGCCCAGAUCUCAGUUCCCAGCUCCUACUAUGACCAAAUGUGUGGCCUUUGUGGUGACUAUGAUGGGAACCCAGACAAUGACUUCACCAAACCAGAUGGCACUGUGGCAGGAAAUAGUAAUGACUUUGGGAACAGCUGGCAGACUGAAGUCGAUGAAGAUGACUCAUGUACCCCAGGAACAAAGCCUGAUCCAGACUGUGACCCCAACUUGGAAACUGAAGUUGUAAAACCAGAGAAAUGUGGUAAAAUUACAGACCCUACUGGACCCUUCCGGGAGUGCAUCAGUGUAGUUAAUCCCACUCCAUUCUUCCAAAGCUGUGUGUUUGACAUGUGUCAGUUCAAUGGCCAGCAGCACGUGCUGUGUGACCAGCUCCAGGCCUACACUGACGCAUGUCAUAGUGCUGGAGCCAAAGUCUACCCAUGGAGGACUCCAGACUUCUGCUCUCUCACCUGUCCUCCCAACAGCUCCUACUCCCUUUGUGUGAGUUCAUGUCCUGAGACAUGUCUUGGUGUGGUGGGACCACCUGGCUGUGAGGAAGUGUGUGUGGAGGGUUGUGAGUGUAACCCUGGCUUCAUUCUCAGUGAUGACAAAUGUGUGGAACUGAGAGACUGUGGUUGUGUGGACCCCAGUGGAACCUAUCACCCUGUGGGCGAUGACUGGUACUUGGAGGGUUGUGAACAAAAGUGUACGUGCCACAGUGGAGGUCUGCUACAGUGUCAUAACACCAGCUGUAACCCAACUACUGAGAGCUGCCAACUACAAGAUGGAGAAUAUGAAUGCCACCCUCUGGACCUGUGUCCACCUAACGCAGAGUAUAUAGAGUGCGGUCCAGCUUGCAUUCCUACAUGUAUGGAACCCUCUACCAACUGUUCUGGCUCCUGCAUCACUGGGUGUUUCUGCAAACCAGGCUUUGUCUUCAAAGGACGGCACUGCGUGCCAUUGGACAAAUGUGGUUGUUUAGAUGACAACAAUAACUAUUAUGAGCCUGGUGAGAUUGUAUUUGGAGACGGCUGCACAAAGCUGUGUCGCUGUGCAGGAAACUACACUUUGGAAUGUGUUGAUAACUCCUGUGACCCCACUGAAGAGUGUCGAGAGGUUAAUGGUGUUGCAGGCUGCUAUCCUAAAGGUACAUCCACGUGCGUCGCAUCUGGCGAUCCACACUACACCAGCUUUGACAAACGCAAAUAUGACUUCAUGGGCAACUGCAGCUAUCUGAUGUCUAGUCCAUGCAAUGACACAACUGUGCCCUACUUUGAGGUCCAUACUGACAAUGAAAACCGGUAUAACAGGCCGACCAUCUCCUAUGUGAAGGCCGUACAUGUAUACGCACAGAUGAUAAAGAUCUCCAUUCUCAAAGGUGGCACUGUGCAGGUUAAUGGGACCAAUGUCAAUCUGCCACUGUCCCCGGCCCCUGGUAUUUCUGUGUUCAAGUCAGGAAAACACUACACUGUCUCCAUGAACUUUGGUGUGACGGUUCGCUAUGAUGGAAACACCUUCAUGGACAUCAAAGUGAUCAAAGACUAUCAGAACAAGCUGUGUGGCCUGUGUGGCAACUAUGAUGGAGAUACUAAAGAUGACUUCCAUAAACCAGAUGGAAGCUUAGCUGAAAAUGCCAAUGACUUUGGACACAGUUGGAACAUGAAUCCAGAAUGUAAUAAGAAACCCAACACUACCAUCCCUGGGUGCAAUAAAGAAGAACAGGAACUGUAUGAAAGCUCUGGAUAUUGUGGCAUUCUGCUGGACAAAAAUGGACUUGCUGUGUGCCAUCGCAAAGUCAACCCCAAUAAUUACUUCAGGGACUGUGUCUUUGACUUGUGUGAGCUGGAUGGAGCCAAGCCCAUUUUGUGUGAAGCCAUUGAAGCCUAUGUCAAUGAAUGCCAAGAUCGUGGGGUCAACCUUGGACCAUGGAGGAAUGAAACCUUCUGCCCACUGAACUGCCCCCCAAACAGCCACUACGAACCCUGUGCAGAUCCUUGUCAGGAAACAUGCUUUGGAAAACCCCCCUCCUGCUCUGGUCCCUGCUCUGAGUCCUGUGUGUGUGAUCCCAGCUACGUCCUGAGUGCUGGCAAGUGCGUUAAGGAGAACAUGUGUGGCUGCAACCACACGAACGGCCAGUAUUAUGAGCCCGGAGAGGAGUUUUUUGAGGAAGACUGCAAGCGAAAAUGUUGGUGUGGUGCAGCUGGAAUUACCUGUGAAGCCUCUGAAUGCCCCCCAAUGCAUGAAUGUAAACUUCAGGAUGGAGAGCUGGGCUGCUAUCCUACGAGCUUCCAGGAUUGUGUAGUUUCUGGGGAUCCACACUACAACACCUUUGACAAGAAGUACUACACCUUCAUGGGAACCUGUACUUACACACUGGCCAGAACCUGUAGGAACAGCACAGGCCCUUGGUUCUCUGUGGAGGCAAAGAAUGAAGAGAGAGGAGUUGCAGGAGUGUCAUACCUGAGGAAGCUAUAUGUGACAGUGGAUGGAAUUACUGUGACCCUGAUGAAGACAAGUACGACACUGGUGAACGGAGUACGGGUGGCUCUGCCCCACUCCCCCUCUCCUCUCAUGUCUAUUAGUCUUGCUGGUCAGUUCAUCACCCUUCAAACAUCCUUUGGCCUGAGGGUGCGUUGGGAUGGAAACCAUUAUGCCCAGAUCUCAGUUCCCAGCUCCUACUAUGACCAAAUGUGUGGCCUUUGUGGUGACUAUGAUGGGAACCCAGACAAUGACUUCACCAAACCAGAUGGCACUGUGGCAGGAAAUAGUAAUGACUUUGGGAACAGCUGGCAGACUGAAGAGGAUGAAGAUGACUCUAUUGACCAGAUGUACCCGGGAACAAAGCCUGAUCCAGACUGUGACCCCAACUUGGAAGCUGAAGUUGUAAAACCAGAGAAAUGUGGUAAAAUUACAGACCAUACUGGACCCUUCCGGGAGUGUAUCAGUGUAGUUAAUCCCACUCCAUUCUUCCAAAGCUGUGUGUUUGACAUGUGUCAGUUCAAUGGCCAGCAGCACGUGCUGUGUGACCAGCUCCAGGCCUACACUGACGCAUGUCAUAGUGCUGGAGCCAAAGUCUACCCAUGGAGGACUCCAGACUUCUGCUCUCUCACCUGUCCUCCCAACAGCUCCUACUCCCUUUGUGUGAGUUCAUGUCCUGAGACAUGUCUUGGUGUGGUGGGACCACCUGGCUGUGAGGAAGUGUGUGUGGAGGGUUGUGAGUGUAACCCUGGCUUCAUUCUCAGUGAUGACAAAUGUGUGGAACUGAGAGACUGUGGUUGUGUGGACCCCAGUGGAACCUAUCACCCUGUGGGCGAUGACUGGUACUUGGAGGGUUGUGAACAAAAGUGUACGUGCCACAGUGGAGGUCUGCUACAGUGUCAUAACACCAGCUGUAACCCAACUACUGAGAGCUGCCAACUACAAGAUGGAGAAUAUGAAUGCCACCCUCUGGACCUGUGUCCACCUAACGCAGAGUAUAUAGAGUGCGGUCCAGCUUGCAUUCCUACAUGUAUGGAACCCUCUACCAACUGUUCUGGCUCCUGCAUCACUGGGUGUUUCUGCAAACCAGGCUUUGUCUUCAAAGGACGGCACUGCGUGCCAUUGGACAAAUGUGGUUGUUUAGAUGACAACAAUAACUAUUAUGAGCCUGGUGAGAUUGUAUUUGGAGACGGCUGCACAAAGCUGUGUCGCUGUGCAGGAAACUACACUUUGGAAUGUGUUGAUAACUCCUGUGACCCCACUGAAGAGUGUCGAGAGGUUAAUGGUGUUGCAGGCUGUUAUCCUAAAGGUACAUCCACGUGCGUCGCAUCUGGCGAUCCACACUACACCAGCUUUGACAAACGCAAAUAUGACUUCAUGGGCAACUGCAGCUAUCUGAUGUCUAGUCCAUGCAAUGACACAACUGUGCCCUACUUUGAGGUCCAUACUGACAAUGAAAACCGGUAUAACAGGCCGACCAUCUCCUAUGUGAAUGCCGUACAUGUAUACGCACAGAUGGUAAAGAUCUCCAUUCUCAAAGGUGGCACUGUGCAGGUUAAUGGGACCAAUGUCAAUCUGCCACUGUCCCCGGCCCCUGGUAUUUCUGUGUUCAAGUCAGGAAAACACUACACUGUCUCCAUGAACUUUGGUGUGACGGUUCGCUAUGAUGGAAACACCUUCAUGGACAUCAAAGUGAUCGAAGACUAUCAGAACAAGCUGUGUGGCCUGUGUGGCAACUAUGAUGGAGAUACUAAAGAUGACUUCCGCAAACCAGAUGGAAGCUUAGCUGAAAAUGCCAAUGACUUUGGACACAGUUGGAACAUGAAUCCAGAAUGUAAUAAGAAACCCAACACUACCAUCCCUGGGUGCAAUAAAGAAGAACAGGAACUGUAUGAAAGCUCUGGAUAUUGUGGCAUUCUGCUGGAAAAUGGACCUUUUGCUGUGUGCCAUCGCAAAGUCAACCCCAAUAAUUACUUCAGGGACUGUGUCUUUGACUUGUGUGAGCUGGAUGGAGCCAAGCCCAUUUUGUGUGAAGCCAUUGAAGCCUAUGUCAAUGAAUGCCAAGAUCGUGGGGUCAACCUUGGACCAUGGAGGAAUGAAACCUUCUGCCCACUGAACUGCCCCCCAAACAGCCACUACGAACCCUGUGCAGAUCCUUGUCAGGAAACAUGCUUUGGAAAACCCCCCUCCUGCUCUGGUCCCUGCUCUGAGUCCUGUGUGUGUGAUCCCAGCUAUGUCCUGAGUGCUGGCAAGUGCGUUAAGGAGAACAUGUGUGGCUGCAACCACACGAACGGCCAGUAUUAUGAGCCUGGAGAGGAGUUUUUUGAGGAAGACUGCAAGCGAAAAUGUUGGUGUGGUGCAGCUGGAAUUACCUGUGAAGCCUCUGAAUGCCCCCCAAUGCAUGAAUGUAAACUUCAGGAUGGAGAGCUGGGCUGCUAUCCUACGAGCUUCCAGGAUUGUGUAGUUUCUGGGGAUCCACACUACAACACCUUUGACAAGAAGUACUACACCUUCAUGGGAACCUGUACUUACACACUGGCCAGAACCUGUAGGAACAGCACAGGCCCUUGGUUCUCUGUGGAGGCAAAGAAUGAAGAGAGAGGAGUUGCAGGAGUGUCAUACCUGAGGAAGCUAUAUGUGACAGUGGAUGGAAUUACUGUGACCCUGAUGAAGAGCAGUAGAACACUGGUGAACGGAGUGCGGGUGGCUCUGCCCCACUCCCCCUCUCCUCUCAUGUCUAUUAGUCUUGCUGGUCAGUUCAUCACCCUUCAAACAUCCUUUGGCCUGAGGGUGCGUUGGGAUGGAAACCAUUAUGCCCAGAUCUCAGUUCCCAGCUCCUACUAUGACCAAAUGUGUGGCCUUUGUGGUGACUAUGAUGGGAACCCAGACAAUGACUUCACUAAACCAGAUGGCACUGUGGCAGGAAAUAGUAAUGACUUUGGGAACAGCUGGCAGACCGAAGAGGAUGAAGAUGACUCAUGUACCCCGGGAACAAAGCCUGAUCCAGACUGUGACCCCAACUUGGAAACUGAAGUUGUAAAACCAGAGAAAUGUGGUAAAAUUACAGACCCUACUGGACCCUUCCGGGAGUGUAUCAGUGUAGUUAAUCCCACUCCAUUCUUCCAAAGCUGUGUGUUUGACAUGUGUCAGUUCAAUGGCCAGCAGCACGUGCUGUGUGACCAGCUCCAGGCCUACACUGACGCAUGUCAUAGUGCUGGAGCCAAAGUCUACCCAUGGAGGACUCCAGACUUCUGCUCUCUCACCUGUCCUCCCAACAGCUCCUACUCCCUUUGUGUGAGUUCAUGUCCUGAGACAUGUCUUGGUGUGGUGGGACCACCUGGCUGUGAGGAAGUGUGUGUGGAGGGUUGUGAGUGUAACCCUGGCUUCAUUCUCAGUGAUGACAAAUGUGUGGAACUGAGAGACUGUGGUUGUGUGGACCCCAGUGGAACCUAUCACCCUGUGGGCGAUGACUGGUACUUGGAGGGUUGUGAACAAAAGUGUACGUGCCACAGUGGAGGUCUGCUACAGUGUCAUAACACCAGCUGUAACCCAACUACUGAGAGCUGCAAACUACAAGAUGGAGAAUAUGAAUGCCACCCUCUGGACCUGUGUCCACCUAACGCAGAGUAUAUAGAGUGCGGUCCAGCUUGCAUUCCUACAUGUAUGGAACCCUCUACCAACUGUUCUGGCUCCUGCAUCACUGGGUGUUUCUGCAAACCAGGCUUUGUCUUCAAAGGACGGCACUGCGUGCCAUUGGACAAAUGUGGUUGUUUAGAUGACAACAAUAACUAUUAUGAGCCUGGUGAGAUAGUAUUUGGAGACGGCUGCACAAAGCUGUGUCGCUGUGCAGGAAACUACACUUUGGAAUGUGUUGAUAACUCCUGUGACCCCACUGAAGAGUGUCGAGAGGUUAAUGGUGUUGCAGGCUGCUAUCCUAAAGGUACAUCCACGUGCGUCGCAUCUGGCGAUCCACACUACACCAGCUUUGACAAACGCAAAUAUGACUUCAUGGGCAACUGCAGCUAUCUGAUGUCUAGUCCAUGCAAUGACACAACUGUGCCCUACUUUGAGGUCCAUACUGACAAUGAAAACCGGUAUAACAGGCCGACCAUCUCCUAUGUGAAGGCCGUACAUGUAUCUGCACAGAUGAUAAAGAUCUCCAUUCUCAAAGGUGGCACUGUGCAGGUUAAUGGGACCAAUGUCAAUCUGCCACUGUCCCCGGCCCCUGGUAUUUCUGUGUUCAAGUCAGGAAAACACUACACUGUCUCCAUGAACUUUGGUGUGACGGUUCGCUAUGAUGGAAACACCUUCAUGGACAUCAAAGUGAUCAAAGACUAUCAGAACAAGCUGUGUGGCCUGUGUGGCAACUAUGAUGGAGAUACUAAAGAUGACUUCCAUAAACCAGAUGGAAGCUUAGCUGAAAAUGCCAAUGACUUUGGACACAGUUGGAACAUGAAUCCAGAAUGCAAUAAGAAACCCAACACUACCAUCCCUGGGUGCAAUAAAGAAGAACAGGAACUGUAUGAAAGCUCUGGAUAUUGUGGCAUUCUGCUGGACAAAAAUGGACCUUUUGCUGUGUGCCAUCGCAAAGUCAACCCCAAUAAUUACUUCAGGGACUGUGUCUUUGACUUGUGUGAGCUGGAUGGAGCCAAGCCCAUUUUGUGUGAAGCCAUUGAAGCCUAUGUCAAUGAAUGCCAAGAUCGUGGGGUCAACCUUGGACCAUGGAGGAAUGAAACCUUCUGCCCACUGAACUGCCCCCAAACAGCCACUACGAACCCUGUGCAGAUCCUUGUCAGGAAACAUGCUUUGGAAAACCCCCUCCUGCUCUGCUACGUCCUGAGUGCUGGCAAGUGCGUUAAGGAGAACAUGUGUGGCUGCAACCACACGAACGGCCAGUAUUAUGAGCCCGGAGAGGAGUUUUUGAGGAAGACUGCAAGCGAAAAAUGUUGGUGUGGUGCAGCUGGAAUUACCUGUGAAGCCUCUGAAUGCCCCCAAUGCAUGAAUGUAAACUUCAGGAUGGAGAGCUGGGCUGCUAUCCUACAGAGCUUCCAGGAUUGUGUAGUUUCUGGGGAUCCACACUACAACACCUUUGACAAGAAGUACUACACCUUCAUGGGAACCUGUACUUACACACUGGCCAGAACCUGUAGGAACAGCACAGGCCCUUGGUUCUCUGUGGAGGUGAACGGAGUACGGGUGGCUCUGCCCCACUCCCCCUCUCCUCUCAUGUCUAUUAGUCUUGCUGGUCAGUUCAUCACCCUUCAAACAUCCUUUGGCCUGAGGGUGCGUUGGGAUGGAAACCAUUAUGCCCAGAUCUCAGUUCCCAGCUCCUACUAUGACCAAAUGUGUGGCCUUUGUGGUGACUAUGAUGGGAACCCAGACAAUGACUUCACUAAACCAGAUGGCACUGUGGCAGGAAAUAGUAAUGACUUUGGGAACAGCUGGCAGACUGAAGAGGAUGAAGAUGACUCAUGUACCCCGGGAACAAAGCCUGAUCCAGACUGUGACCCCAACUUGGAAGCUGAAGUUGUAAAACCAGAGAAAUGUGGUAAAAUUACAGACCAUACUGGACCCUUCCGAUUCUUCCAAAGCUGUGUGUUUGACAUGUGUCAGUUCAAUGGCCAGCAGCACGUGCUGUGUGACCAGCUCCAGGCCUACACUGACGCAUGUCAUAGUGCUGGAGCCAAAGUCUACCCAUGGAGGACUCCAGACUUCUGCUCUCUCACCUGUCCUCCCAACAGCUCCUACUCCCUUUGUGUGAGUUCAUGUCCUGAGACAUGUCUUGGUGUGGUGGGACCACCUGGCUGUGAGGAAGUGUGUGUGGAGGGUUGUGAGUGUAACCCUGGCUUCAUUCUCAGUGAUGACAAAUGUGUGGAACUGAGAGACUGUGGUUGUGUGGACCCCAGUGGAACCUAUCACCCUGUGGGCGAUGACUGGUACUUGGAGGGUUGUGAACAAAAGUGUACGUGCCACAGUGGAGGUCUGCUACAGUGUCAUAACACCAGCUGUAACCCAACUACUGAGAGCUGCCAACUACAAGAUGGAGAAUAUGAAUGCCACCCUCUGGACCUGUGUCCACCUAACGCAGAGUAUAUAGAGUGCGGUCCAGCUUGCAUUCCUACAUGUAUGGAACCCUCUACCAACUGUUCUGGCUCCUGCAUCACUGGGUGUUUCUGCAAACCAGGCUUUGUCUUCAAAGGACGGCACUGCGUGCCAUUGGACAAAUGUGGUUGUUUAGAUGACAACAAUAACUAUUAUGAGCCUGGUGAGAUUGUAUUUGGAGACGGCUGCACAAAGCUGUGUCGCUGUGCAGGAAACUACACUUUGGAAUGUGUUGAUAACUCCUGUGACCCCACUGAAGAGUGUCGAGAGGUUAAUGGUGUUGCAGGCUGUUAUCCUAAAGGUACAUCCACGUGCGUCGCAUCUGGCGAUCCACACUACACCAGCUUUGACAAACGCAAAUAUGACUUCAUGGGCAACUGCAGCUAUCUGAUGUCUAGUCCAUGCAAUGACACAACUGUGCCCUACUUUGAGGUCCAUACUGACAAUGAAAACCGGUAUAACAGGCCGACCAUCUCCUAUGUGAAUGCCGUACAUGUAUACGCACAGAUGAUAAAGAUCUCCAUUCUCAAAGGUGGCACUGUGCAGGUUAAUGGGACCAAUGUCAAUCUGCCACUGUCCCCGGCCCCUGGUAUUUCUGUGUUCAAGUCAGGAAAACACUACACUGUCUCCAUGAACUUUGGUGUGACGGUUCGCUAUGAUGGAAACACCUUCAUGGACAUCAAAGUGAUCGAAGACUAUCAGAACAAGCUGUGUGGCCUGUGUGGCAACUAUGAUGGAGAUACUAAAGAUGACUUCCGCAAACCAGAUGGAAGCUUAGCUGAAAAUGCCAAUGACUUUGGACACAGUUGGAACAUGAAUCCAGAAUGUAAUAAGAAACCCAACACUACCAUCCCUGGGUGCAAUAAAGAAGAACAGGAACUGUAUGAAAGCUCUGGAUAUUGUGGCAUUCUGCUGGACAAAAAUGGACCUUUUGCUGUGUGCCAUCGCAAAGUCAACCCCAAUAAUUACUUCAGGGACUGUGUCUUUGACUUGUGUGAGCUGGAUGGAGCCAAGCCCAUUUUGUGUGAAGCCAUUGAAGCCUAUGUCAAUGAAUGCCAAGAUCGUGGGGUCAACCUUGGACCAUGGAGGAAUGAAACCUUCUGCCCACUGAACUGCCCCCCAAACAGCCACUACGAACCCUGUGCAGAUCCUUGUCAGGAAACAUGCUUUGGAAAACCCCCCUGCUCUGGUCCCUGCUCUGAGUCCUGUGUGUGUGAUCCCAGCUAUGUCCUGAGUGCUGGCAAGUGCGUUAAGGAGAACAUGUGUGGCUGCAACCACACGAACGGCCAGUAUUAUGAGCCUGGAGAGGAGUUUUUGAGGAAGACUGCAAGCGAAAAUGUUGGCUUCCAGGAUUGUGUAGUUUCUGGGGAUCCACACUACAACACCUUUGACAAGAAGUACUACACCUUCAUGGGAACCUGUACUUACACACUGGCCAGAACCUGUAGGAACAGCACAGGCCCUUGGUUCUCUGUGGAGGCAAAGAAUGAAGAGAGAGGAGUUGCAGGAGUGUCAUACCUGAGGAAGCUAUAUGUGACAGUGGAUGGAAUUACUGUGACCCUGAUGAAGAGCAGUAGAACACUGGUGAACGGAGUACGGGUGGCUCUGCCCCACUCCCCCUCUCCUCUCAUGUCUAUUAGUCUUGCUGGUCAGUUCAUCACCCUUCAAACAUCCUUUGGCCUGAGGGUGCGUUGGGAUGGAAACCAUUAUGCCCAGAUCUCAGUUCCCAGCUCCUACUAUGACCAAAUGUGUGGCCUUUGUGGUGACUAUGAUGGGAACCCAGACAAUGACUUCACUAAACCAGAUGGCACUGUGGCAGGAAAUAGUAAUGACUUUGGGAACAGCUGGCAGACCGAAGAGGAUGAAGAUGACUCAUGUACCCCGGGAACAAAGCCUGAUCCAGACUGUGACCCCAACUUGGAAACUGAAGUUGUAAAACCAGAGAAAUGUGGUAAAAUUACAGACCCUACUGGACCCUUCCGGGAGUGUAUCAGUGUAGUUAAUCCCACUCCAUUCUUCCAAAGCUGUGUGUUUGACAUGUGUCAGUUCAAUGGCCAGCAGCACGUGCUGUGUGACCAGCUCCAGGCCUACACUGACGCAUGUCAUAGUGCUGGAGCCAAAGUCUACCCAUGGAGGACUCCAGACUUCUGCUCUCUGACCUGUCCUCCCAACAGCUCCUACUCCCUUUGUGUGAGUUCAUGUCCUGAGACAUGUCUUGGUGUGGUGGGACCACCUGGCUGUGAGGAAGUGUGUGUGGAGGGUUGUGAGUGUAACCCUGGCUUCAUUCUCAGUGAUGACAAAUGUGUGGAACUGAGAGACUGUGGUUGUGUGGACCCCAGUGGAACCUAUCACCCUGUGGGCGAUGACUGGUACUUGGAGGGUUGUGAACAAAAGUGUACGUGCCACAGUGGAGGUCUGCUACAGUGUCAUAACACCAGCUGUAACCCAACUACUGAGAGCUGCAAACUACAAGAUGGAGAAUAUGAAUGCCACCCUCUGGACCUGUGUCCACCUAACGCAGAGUAUAUAGAGUGCGGUCCAGCUUGCAUUCCUACAUGUAUGGAACCCUCUACCAACUGUUCUGGCUCCUGCAUCACUGGGUGUUUCUGCAAACCAGGCUUUGUCUUCAAAGGACGGCACUGCGUGCCAUUGGACAAAUGUGGUUGUUUAGAUGACAACAAUAACUAUUAUGAGCCUGGUGAGAUUGUAUUUGGAGACGGCUGCACAAAGCUGUGUCGCUGUGCAGGAAACUACACUUUGGAAUGUGUUGAUAACUCCUGUGACCCCACUGAAGAGUGUCGAGAGGUUAAUGGUGUUGCAGGCUGUUAUCCUAAAGGUACAUCCACGUGCGUCGCAUCUGGCGAUCCACACUACACCAGCUUUGACAAACGCAAAUAUGACUUCAUGGGCAACUGCAGCUAUCUGAUGUCUAGUCCAUGCAAUGACACAACUGUGCCCUACUUUGAGGUCCACACUGACAAUGAAAACCCGUCAGGAAAACACUACACUGUCUCCAUGAACUUUGGUGUGACGGUUCGCUAUGAUGGAAACACCUUCAUGGACAUCAAAGUGAUCGAAGACUAUCAGAACAAGCUGUGUGGCCUGUGUGGCAACUAUGAUGGAGAUACUAAAGAUGACUUCCGCAAACCAGAUGGAAGCUUAGCUGAAAAUGCCAAUGACUUUGGACACAGUUGGAACAUGAAUCCAGAAUGCAAUAAGAAACCCAACACUACCAUCCCUGGGUGCAAUAAAGAAGAACAGGAACUGUAUGAAAGCUCUGGAUAUUGUGGCAUUCUGCUGGACAAAAUGGACCUUUUGCUGUGUGCCAUCGCAAAGUCAACCCCAAUCACUGAACUGCCCCCAAACAGCCACUACGAACCCUGUGCAGAUCCUUGUCAGGAAACAUGCUUUGGAAAACCCCCCUCCUGCUCUGGUCCCUGCUCUGAGUCCUGUGUGUGUGAUCCCAGCUAUGUCCUGAGUGCUGGCAAGUGCGUUAAGGAGAACAUGUGUGGCUGCAACCACACGAACGGCCAGUAUUAUGAGCCCGGAGAGGAGUUUUUUGAGGAAGACUGCAAGCGAAAAUGUUGGUGUGGUGCAGCUGGAAUUACCUGUGAAGCCUCUGAAUGCCCCCCAAUGCAUGAAUGUAAACUUCAGGAUGGAGAGUUGGGCUGCUAUCCUACGAGCUUCCAGGAUUGUGUAGUUUCUGGGGAUCCACACUACAACACCUUUGACAAGAAGUACUACACCUUCAUGGGAACCUGUACUUACACACUGGCCAGAACCUGUAGGAACAGCACAGGCCCUUGGUUCUCUGUGGAGGCAAAGAAUGAAGAGAGAGGAGUUGCAGGAGUGUCAUACCUGAGGAAGCUAUAUGUGACAGUGGAUGGAAUUACUGUGACCCUGAUGAAGAGCAGUAGAACACUGGUGAACGGAGUACGGGUGGCUCUGCCCCACUCCCCCUCUCCUCUCAUGUCUAUUAGUCUUGCUGGUCAGUUCAUCACGCUUCAAACAUCCUUUGGCCUGAGGGUGCGUUGGGAUGGAAACCAUUAUGCCCAGAUCUCAGUUCCCAGCUCCUACUAUGACCAAAUGUGUGGCCUUUGUGGUGACUAUGAUGGGAACCCAGACAAUGACUUCACUAAACCAGAUGGCACUGUGGCAGGAAAUAGUAAUGACUUUGGGAACAGCUGGCAGACCGAAGAGGAUGAAGAUGACUCAUGUACCCCAGGAACAAAGCCUGAUCCAGACUGUGACCCCAACUUGGAAACUGAAGUUGUAAAACCAGAGAAAUGUGGUAAAAUUACAGACCCUACUGGACCCUUCCGGGAGUGUAUCAGUGUAGUUAAUCCCACUCCAUUCUUCCAAAGCUGUGUGUUUGACAUGUGUCAGUUCAAUGGCCAGCAGCACGUGCUGUGUGACCAGCUCCAGGCCUACACUGACGCAUGUCAUAGUGCUGGAGCCAAAGUCUACCCAUGGAGGACUCCAGACUUCUGCUCUCUGACCUGUCCUCCCAACAGCUCCUACUCCCUUUGUGUGAGUUCAUGUCCUGAGACAUGUCUUGGUGUGGUGGGACCACCUGGCUGUGAGGAAGUGUGUGUGGAGGGUUGUGAGUGUAACCCUGGCUUCAUUCUCAGUGAUGACAAAUGUGUGGAACUGAGAGACUGUGGUUGUGUGGACCCCAGUGGAACCUAUCACCCUGUGGGCGAUGACUGGUACUUGGAGGGUUGUGAACAAAAGUGUACGUGCCACAGUGGAGGUCUGCUACAGUGUCAUAACACCAGCUGUAACCCAACUACUGAGAGCUGCCAACCAAAAGAUGGAGAAUAUGAAUGCCACCCUCUGGGAAAUGGUAUCUGCUCAGUUUCUGGUGAUCCUCACUACAUAACCUUUGAUAAACGCACUCACCAUUACAUGGGUUCAUGCUCCUACACCUUGACCAAACCCUGCAAUGUCUCCUCCGGCUUGCCACAUUUCGCGGUCCAUACCCAGAAUGAGCACAGAGGAAGUAAUAAGAAGGUUUCCUAUGUGAGGGCUGUGGUGAUCAAUGUGAAUGGUAUCACUGUCAUCUUUGGCAAGGGACACACGGUCCAGGUCAAUGGCACUGCGGUUGUUCCACCUGUUACCUCCAUCAGUGGAGUUAAGAUCUACAUGAGUGGAAAGUUUGUUGUCCUAGAAACAUCUUUUAAUCUGAGGGUGCGUUUUGAUGGAAACCAUCAUGCUGAUGUCACUUUGCCAACUUCCUACAACAGCCUACUCUGUGGGAUGUGUGGAAAUUUCAAUGGGAAUCCUGACGAUGACAACUUGAAACCAGAUAACACACCAGCUGCUAACACCAAUGAGCUAGGAGACAGCUGGCAGGUUGCUGACUCAGAUCCCGACUGUACUGAUGGUACAGAAGAAGAAGAUUGUGAUGUAAAGGUGGAGGAAGAGGCCACGAAGCCUACCAGCUGUGGCAUGAUCACUGAUCCCAACGGAAUCUUUAAGCCCUGCCACUCUGUUGUGUCCCCUGAGCCAUACUUUGAGAGUUGUGUAUUCGACAUGUGUGCCACUGGAGGCGAGACCGUGGCUCUGUGCCAGGCCAUAGAGACCUACGCCGACAUGUGUGCUGCUGCAGGAGUCCCCAUCGAAUGGAGGACGAACACCUUCUGUCCUGUGAAGUGCCUCCCCGGCAGUCAUUACACCCCAUGCGGCCCUGCAUGUCCUCAGCCGAGCUGUCAGAACCCUGCAGGCCACGGCGGCUCUUGCAAUCUUCCCUGUGUGGAGGGCUGCAUCUGUGACGCUGGCCUCAUCCUCAGCGGAGACAAAUGUGUCCCACUCAGCCAGUGUGGAUGCACUGAUGAUGAUGGGAAAUACAGGCCGGUUGGAGACACUUGGUUCACAAAGGCUGACUGCUCAGAGCAAUGCAAGUGUGCUGGAAACAACAACAUCAGCUGUGAGUCUUGGCAGUGCAGCCCUGCACAGGAGUGCAAAGUGGUGGAAGGAGUACUAGGCUGUCAUUCUACAGGUAAAGGAGUGUGUCAUGUAGCUGGAGAUCCGCACUACUACACUUUUGAUGGUGUGAUGCACACGUUCAUGGGAACUUGCACAUAUACUCUGGUGGAGGUGUGCAACGCCACCCAAGUCACUCCCUUCAACAUAGUGGCUAAGAAUGAGGAACGUGGUCAACCAGAGGCAUCAUAUGUUCGCUCUGUGAAAGUCACCCUGUACCCUGGCACUGUUAUUGAACUGCAAAAGAGCCGCAGAGUUCUGCUGAACGGACAGCGGGUGAAAACCCCAGUUUCCGUUGACUUGGCCGGAGCUAAAGUGAUAACCAGCGGAGCCUAUAGUCUGCUGGACACAAACUUUGGUCUACAGGUGAAAUUUGACGGAGUCCAUCACGUAGAGAUCACUGUUCCAGGAGAAUAUUUUGAUAAGGUGUGUGGCAUGUGUGGAAACUACAACCAGAACCCCUCUGAUGACAACCUAAUGCCCAACAAGAAACCAGCCAAGGAUGACAUUGAACUGGGAAACAGCUGGAAAUCAAAUGGAGACAGUGAUCCUGGUUGUCAGCCAGACACCCGUCCAGACAUCCACCAAAACUGUAGCGAAGCAGAAGAGACGCUGUACAAGGCUCAGUGUGGUGGGGUCAUCCUCUCCAAUAACUUCAAGCCGUGCCACGCUCUAGUGCCCCCUGAGGCUUUCCUGGGUAACUGCGUCUAUGACAUGUGCGAGUAUGACGGCAUGCAGACUAGGCUCUGUGACAACGUGGAGGCAUAUGCUCAGGCCUGUCAGAGUGCCGGUGUCACCAUCAGCUGGAGAAACAGCAGCUUUUGCCCCCUGCCCUGUCAUCCUAACAGCCACUACUCAGACUGCACAGCCCCCUGCCCUCCCACGUGCUCUGACCUCUUCCCUGUCUUCUGCCAUCUUCCUCCAACAACUUGUCUCGAGGGCUGCCAGUGCAAUGCUGGUUACGUCCUCAGUGACAGCAAGUGUGUUACUCUGGACCAGUGUGGCUGUCUGGACUCGAACAGAGAGUACCAUGAUGUAGGAGAUUUGUGGCUAACAGAUAAAUGCACUGAGUCGUGUACCUGUAAGCCUGGUGGUGAAGUCAGAUGUGAGGACCACAGCUGUAAUUCUAAUUCACUGUGUGACCUGGACAAGAAUGGAAACCGCUACUGCAGACCCACCGAGUUCAAUCAGUGCAGCAUCUCUGGGGAUCCUCACUACCUAACAUUCGAUGGCUUCAAGCAUCACUUCCAAGGUAUCGACACCUAUGAACUUGCUCUGGGUCACAACCUGUCGAGCUCCCUGACGCCCCUGGUGGUGAGAGGAAAGAACGUUAGACGUGGAUUGAACAAGAGGGUGUCGUUCCUGGAGGAGAUGUACAUCGAUGUUUACGGUGUCAAUGUUAAAUUCCUGCAGAAGAAGACUGUCCUGGUCAACGGGGAGUAUGUAACACCUCCUCUCACACCAGUUGAUGGUUUGACCAUCACAAGGAACUCCAGGCAGAUCCAGCUCACCACUGACUUUGGACUCACUGUACGCUUUGAUGGCAACAAUCGAGGAGAAAUCAUACUUCCUGGUACCUAUAAGAAUUCUGUUAGAGGACUGUGUGGGAACUAUGAUGGCAUCACCAGAAAUGAAUACAUGAAGCCAGAUGGGACAGUAGUCAGGGAUCUGAAUGAAUUUGGAAAUAGUUGGAAGGUCAAUGACCGACCAGCCAACAGACUUAGGAUCUUGGACCGUCCUAUCCGUGCACUGAGACAAGAAGCAGAGACUGAUCCAGACUCAGGGUUCGAGGUGCCAGACUGCUCUCAGUCACAGUUCAGCGACUACAACAGCCUGACAAAGUGUGGGCCGCUGUCUGAUUCCAGUGGGCCAUUUGCUGCCUGCCACGCCACCGUGUCUCCCCAAAUCUACCAGGAAGACUGUCUGUUUGACCUGUGUGCUGAGGGAGGCAGUGACGCUCUGCGCUGUGCCAGUUAUGAAGCAUAUGCUGCAGCUUGUCAACAGGCUGGAGUUACAUUAGGAUUGUGGAGGCAGCAGCUGGACUGCGUCCUCUCUUCAUCUUGCCCCGCCUCCUGCGCCAACCUGGCAGCACCCUCAGAGUGUGAAGUCACUUCGUGUGUGGAAGGCUGCCAGUGUGCCACCGGCUUUGUAAUGAGUGAGGGGACUUGUGUGCCAUAUGCACAGUGUGGCUGCACCUUCCUAAACAGAUACUACCCUCUCAAAGAGAAGUUUGUGACCGAGGACUGCUCUCAGUCUUGUGAGUGUAGCAGUACCGGUGCUGUGUGUGAGCCGAAGACCUGCCAGGACGGUUACGUGUGCACCAUCUACAACUUCAAACGUGACUGCUACAAAGCAAGUCCCUGCCUCAGUUACCCCUGUUUGAAUGAAGGCACAUGUCAGGACUCAGGCAACAACACGUACACCUGUCUGUGUGCAGAAGGCUUUGAAGGCACAAACUGUGAGAGGGAAGCGAUACCACCCACUGGUGGAGGACUUGAAACUAAGUGGAUUAUCCUGAUUGCGGUUCUGGUCCCAGUAGCUGUCAUUAUCAUCACCGUGACUACCGUUGUUCUUGUUUGCAAAAAGAAAACCAUGAAAAAGAAGAACAAGGAGACAAAUAUCAGCAUGGAAUCAACAAGUGUUCCAUAUACAAACAUUGAUAACCAGAAAAAGGUGAAAGUCACUGCUUUUUGAUGACGAACUUCAAUGAAACUAUUUUUUCUCUAUGUAACCACUUGUAAUCUCAAAGAAGAGUAAAAAUGAAGAUAAGACUUGCUUAUUUGUUGCUUUUUUAAGUUAUACUUGAACAUGUCAUUUGAAGUGAAUGUUUAAUUAAAUAAAUACUUAUAUCUGUAUGUGC